GAGCAGCAGCGCCGAACAGAGGCGCGGCUGCUGGAGAUGACGAGAGGCUUGAGAAGCCUCGAGAACGAGCAACACACCCUGGGCAGCCGAUCCGCAAUUCUUGCCAAAGCGCAGGAGGAGGCGGAGCGAGAGAUUGGGAGGCAGCUGUCGGAGGCGCAGCAGGACCUGAAGCACUAUGCAAGCAGCCUGCGCGAGACCUCCGUGCGAGAGGAGGAGCUCACCAGGCACAUGGCGCAGCGCCUUCGAACCUUGGAGGAGAGGCUGGCCACACUGGAGAGCGAGGAUGCUGCAGCUGCUGUUCGGCGCCUGCGUCGCCAGUGGCAGGAGGACUUUCAGACACGACUCGACUCCUUAGAGGCCCAAAGCAAGCGCAGAGAUUUGCGGAGCGACACGAAUGACAGUUUCUGCAGCCUCGUCGAGGGCAUCAAGGGGGAGGAAGGAACGCCAGAGCUACCCGAGGCAUUCACGCACGCGUUGCAGCGCUUGGAGCAUCACGUCUUAGACGAGCUCAGCAAGGUGCGCGAACGGUGUGAGGAGCUGCAGCUGCCGCCGGCACAGCCUUCGGCGCUGGAGGUUGCCAGCUGCGACGAUCCUGGGGACGCAGGAGGGGUCGAGGAGCUGGCCAUCAAGAUUGCUACCUGUGAGCAGCGGUGCGAAGACCUGCGUAGCCACUUCGCCGAGCGCUCGGCGGAGCUCGCAGUCCGCGUGCAAGCAGGAUUUGCAGAAGCCAAAGGGCACAUGGACGUUGUUGUGUCCCAACUCGGGCAGCUUGGUGAGCGGCUCCGGUUCCACGAAGCGAGUUCGGGAACGGCCGAUGACAAGAUCCAGCUGGUGCAACGAGUGGAGCGGGUGGAAGCGCGACUCGGCGAUCAGGCGCUGGCGGUGGGCAGCUUUCGGUCCUGUCUUGAAAUGGUGAGGCAGGCCUUGGGAAACCUCAAGAGCACGAUCGAUCCUGUCCAUCGUGCUGCGAGCCCGCCAGUGGGCGCGCUCGCAGGCGCGCUGCGAAACGCAGAGGACGAGCUGGGACGGCUAAAGCGCCGCACCGAUCAGCUGGAGGCGUCGGCCUCUGCAUGGAGACCGCCCUCAGCCGAAGUCCUUCUGGCCGUGCCACUAGCCGACAUGGCGCAGCAGCCAGAGCACAAGGAGGAAGUGGCUGCGAAGCCCGCAGAACCUCGACGAACCCUCCUCGAAGCUGACAUCGAGGGGAAGCUCAAUUCCGACGAACCGGAGCACAGCGACCGGGAGGCGCAGGUGCCGCAUGCCGCAAUGGCCACUCUCGAGGUUGCCUUGGACAGCUUCGAAGCUGUCCUCCGAAAGGCGGAAGCCGGGUGGACAGUUCCUGCUGAGCCCAUUGCCCGACAAGUGGGUGGCGGC